AUGCUUAUCUUCGCCGUUCCAGAUGGCGUCUUUUGCAUUUCCAUGGCCCUUCUUUCUGCUUUCGUCAUCGAAAGUGUGUUCAAAAAGCUGACCGCUUGCAUCGACAGUUUCUUCGCCCUCUCAGCCUGCCUGCUGAUCAUCUUUACCGUUUUUGUUGCUGCCGCAUUCAAUGUGAUGGCACGGAUUGAGAACCCAACUGAGCCCUUUGCAAAGCAACUCGACUUCGCCAAUCAGACUCGUGCAUUCUUCCACAGUCCGGCCAAACCAAACAUGACUGAGGCGGAGCUGCUGGCCUUCAAUGAGGAGAGCGGCCCCUAUUUUAGUCUUGAACUGGGGAAAAAAUUCCAAAACGCAAAAGGCAGAUUCAGUCUGUCCAACGAGUAUUGGGAGGGAAAAUAUUAUGGGAGUUUCGAGGUGAGAACGGAACUUGGGAAAAGCACCGCCUUCUUUUCAGGGAGAUGGCAAUAAAAAUAUCCUAAUAAUUGGGAACAGCAUCUCUAGAGACGUCUUUUACGGACUGCUCGGCGAAUGGAAGGACGUCUACAAACGACUGACUUUAUAUUUUGUAAACACCGUAGUGCCAUUCCAAAAUGUCCCUGGCAGCGACACGCCCAAGCACGACUUUCUUGGGUUUCUGGACCAAUUUGAGCAUCCAAUCGAUAUUCUGAUCGUGAGAAAUACGUAAGAGUUUUGAAUGUGUCCGUCGGAAAAAUAGUGAGCGCAAUGUAGAUGCGCCAAUUGCGUCGCUGAAGUGAAAAGCAAUUUGAUCUCGCCGCGACAAAUUCGUUCUCUCGGCGGCGUUUUUCCAUGCGAUAGAGUGCUCAUUAUUUUCCCGACAUGCCGAUAAACCACAUCGCUUCCAGGUACUACACUUUGAAGCCGGACUAUAUUCAAGGCCCUAUGUACAAGGAAAUGCAGAAUUUCUAUAGCAAACUCGACAAAUACGCGGCGGAAGCCGUGAUUAUGGACUCGGCGGAGAUGACAAGCAAGCUGGACAUGGCAAAGUACAAAAAGAUUGUGGCAAGUAAACAAAGCCCGGAUGUCUUCAACCUCAGCUACGAAGUAGGAGAAAUUUCCUAUUAAAAGUCUAUCGGGCAAAUAGUGAGCUCAUAAAUGCUGCGCCGAGUUCAAAAUGCACUAUGCGAAAGCAAAAAAUGUCCAUGCACUUUAUGAAAAUGCUAAUAGCAGCGACGGACCUAAUCCAGUGGAAAAAAACGUACCAUUUGCUCCGAAAAAUGUAGCAAAAUGCCUCCCUCACCAACUAAAAAGCUCCGUUUUGAAGGGCGCUCUUUCCCUCACAAAAAGAGCAAAAAAAAGUCCAUGCACUUUGCGAAAAUACUAACAGCAGCGACGGAAACUACAACAAAUUUUCCUAAAUCAUACGUUAUUUGCAGGAGCUCCGGAAAUCGAAGCAGAUGCUAAAUCAAGUGAUCUCGUCCGUAAAAUGCCAAAAAUGUAUCCAAGUCGAUCUGACAAGAGCAUUCUGCGACCAUCUGGUGGACACUUGUUAUGUUGUGAAGCCGAGUGGUUUGCUGUUGUUCCGCAAUUUCGUUCACGCAAGUUAUCUGGGAUGCCUUCACAUUGGUCGCCAUCUCCGAGAUGAGCUGCAGCUGCGACGGUUGAUAUAA